CUCCUGCCGAAACCCCGCUUUUACUAAUCUAUCGAAAUGACCCAUGCAUUGUGAUUGGGAGGAACCAGAAUCCGUGGAAGGAGAUUAACAUGGCAGCUCUUAGAGCUGUUGACCUUCCGUUCGACUUGGGCAACACCAAUUUUUCUUUACAUCUCCCUCGCAAUUCCUUUGAACGGAGAAAAGGUUCCGCUCUCGCCCUCGAGGCCUUGAAGAGGUUAGAUGUUCCAGAUGCGUGGGUCAAUGACCGGAAUGACGUCUGCUCUGCUUAUAAAAUCAUCAACAACCGAGCCUAUCAUCAUGGGACGAUGCUACUAACUGCACAGGUCGGUCAACUUCGCGACGUUUUACGCAACACGAAGGACGGUAUGAUUGGGCGUUCAGUCACUUCUGUGCGAUCACCAGUCAAAAACAUAGCCGAAAUGAAACCUGGAGUGGAGCAUAAUGUAUUCUCCGAAGCUUUAGUCGACAGCUUCUGUUCACAGUUUGGCUUGGAGAGGGAAGUGACACUAAUUGGCGAGGAAAUAAUGGAUGAUGACCACUCAGAGGAGAAGAGAUACAUAGAACAAA